AAAAAAAAAAUAAUAAAAAGUAAGAAAGAAAAGUUUGAAUAAAAAUCUCUCCACUCUCGAUCAACGUUUCCGAAACGAAUCUUCGUCGUUUCCAUAUGUUUAAACGUGUGAAAAAGAGCGAAAAAUUAUUUGUAAAUGGAAAAGAAGAAAAACUUCAACCGCUGAAGGAACAAAAAUCAAGAAAAACUUGAUGGAGAGACAGAGGAAAAAAAUGAAAAUAUGAAACUCAGUUUGUCUGUUCAACUCUCAGUAUAGUUUCAGCAUUUGAAUCGACACGACGCUUGCUUUCCAAAAGCAAACUCUCGCUUACGAAAAGAGAUAAAAGAAAAAUCUCAAUUUUUCAUUCACUUCGUUUUUGCUGUGUUGUGAUUAACGACAAAUGAUUGCAAUUGCAGUUAAGUGAGUGAAUGAAUGUGCCAAAGGCAGAUAAUAUAGAAGAAAAAAAACUUUAAUUAAAAAUCUAGUUUUCUGAUAGAAGGAGAAAGAAAAAAAAUGAAAAAUGAAAGUUGAAAUUGUAGAAAAGAAACGCAAAAGUCGCGAUUAGAAUUUAGUUGUUAUUAAGAAAGUUAAGUGUGCGGAAAGAAAGAAAGGAAAAAACUAAUCAUUUGAAAGAAUCGGAUGUGAAAGAAAACAUAUUUAAUUGAUAUGGAAAACAAAACAAAAAAUGCGUAUCGGAAUAAUUUUUUGCAUGAAGUUUCUAAUAACAAUAAUGUGAUCUUGAGCAAGUCAAAGCAGCAACGUUAUCGUUAGAAAAAUAAUCUUGGCUGUAACAUUGGUCAGUCGAGCGCAUAACGUCUCAAUGAUCUUCAGCCUACACCGUGUCAGUGCAAUAUACGUGAAGCAUAGGCCAAUAACUGCUGUUGUUGAGCUUUAUAAUUUGCUAUUAAAUUACACUUGAAAUAAAUCCUACAUCAAUCGUGUUUUAAGACAAAGCAUUACUUCAUGAAAAUAAUACAAAUUAAGAUCCAAAACAAUAAAAAAAAUUAAAAUUGAAAUUGACUUGGCGAAGGUAAAAAUAAAUUUUCUGCAAGAUCCAAAAUAAACACGAGAAGUUGUGUCUUGGACGAGGACAUUGCAUAAAUGUUUAGUGAUUAAAGCAAAUUAAAGUUAGUAAAUACAAAUGUUGUACAUUUUACCGCCACCGAGCGCAAAGCCGCCAUCAGUUUGGGAUUUGAUCAUCAACUUCCAUCGAAAAGGUUGUCAAGACUCGACAAGUAACUCAACAAAUCCAAAGAAGUCGCUAAAGUUCGAUUGUCGAUCUACGAAGAAAUCACAACGGACAUGGUGCAAAACAUCACCAUCCGAGCAGACACAUGAUUCUGGUGGCGGUGGUGUAAGAGACGAAGACAACCAGAGAGUGUGCAAAAGCCUCAACGAAUGCUACUUUGCUGGUAAGGGAACAGCUUUAAUGUUGGGUUCCAAUGAACGUCUUCAACGCGGUGAUGGCCGUCGAUUCAGUCAGAUUUCAAAUGAACUUUCAGCCAGUCAAACAUCAAUCGGUAGUAGCGCCGACAUCCAACAGCAUUUACAGUCCAUGUUUUACUUACUGCGACCGGAGGAAACACUAAAAAUGGCUGUCAAAUUGGAAUCGUUACGCGCAGGCCGCACAAGAUAUCUCGUCGUAGUGUCGCGGCCAGCAGUAAAGCAACCACAACAUUUCACAGCGCCAUGCCAUAUAACCAACAGUCCCACUAAACUUCAACAGUCGACAACCACAGCAACAACAACCACCGAUACAGUUACAUCAUCACAUUUAAACGCCGAGAGUCAUCAGACUAGUAGUAAUAAUAACAGCAGUAUUUCAUUGAAUCCAACAAGUUACUUUAACGAAGCAUCGACUAGCGACGCUUCACGUUCUAGUGCUAAUAUGACCAUAUGUGAUAAUGACUCGAACGAUGACGACAACAACACGAUAUGUCCCGUAACAGAUGAUAAUCAAUGCGAGACGGAAUCAAAUGUUGGCAGCAGUUGCAGUCGAAGCUCAUCAAAUGAAAUUGAAGAGUCAUGUUUGCUUGGUAUUGAUUGUAAUGAGAAGACGACCGUUGGAUUGGUACUUAAAGUCCUUGCUGACACAGCUAUAAGACUUGAUGGUGAUGGCGGCUUCAGUGUAAGCGUUUGUGGCCGCCAGCACAUAUUCAAGCCAGUUUCCGUACAGGCCAUGUGGUCUGCACUUCAAACAUUAUACAAGAUCUCAUCAAAAGCUCAAGAACAGAACUUUUUUGCAGCCGGUCCAUCACACGAAUGGGUUCAGUAUUAUGAGAAUCGUAUCGAAUCAGAUCGUUCCUGUCUUAAUGAGUGGCAUGCGAUGGAUUCACUUGAGAGUCGUCGACCUCCGUCACCAGACACUAUAAGAAACAAACCAACUGAGCGUGACGAAACUGAACGAGUCAUUCGAACAGCUCUAAAGGAAAUCAUGAUGUCUGUCGAUCUCGAUGAAGUCACAUCAAAAUAUAUUCGCGGUCGCUUGGAAGAGCACCUGGAUAUGGAUCUCGGUGAAUUCAAAUCGUUCAUCGACGAAGAGAUGCUCGUGAUUCUCGGUCAAAUGGAUGCACCAACUGAGAUCUUCGAGCAUGUUUAUCUUGGUUCCGAAUGGAAUGCAAGCAAUUUAGAAGAAUUACAAAGAAACGGUGUUCGUCAUAUUCUCAAUGUGACACGUGAAAUUGAUAAUUUCUUUCCCGGAAUGUUUGAUUAUUUUAACGUUCGUGUUUAUGAUGAUGAGAAAACCGAUUUGCUCAAACACUGGGACAAUACAUUUAAAUAUAUUUCUCGUGCCAAAAUGGAAGGAUCAAAGGUGCUUGUACAUUGUAAAAUGGGCAUAAGUCGUUCUGCUUCAGUUGUCAUUGCAUAUGCAAUGAAAGCUUAUGACUGGGACUUUGAUCAAGCAAUUAAACAUGUGAAAGAGAAGAGAAAUUGUAUAAAGCCGAAUAAGAAUUUUGUGUCGCAACUUGAGACAUAUCAAGGCAUCCUCGACGCCAUGAAGAACAAAGAGAAGUUACAGAGAAGUAAAAGUGAGACGAAUUUAAAAAGUGAAAAUGCCAAAGAGGGAAAACUUCUACCAGGCAGUGAGCCAACGCCGCUUAUACAAGCUCUCGAACGGAAUAAAAACUCGACAUAUCCAUCGAGUAAGAAAGAAGCUUCAUAUUUAAAGCGAAUUAGUCAACGACCAAGCAGCUCACCUGACAUUUCAAAGUCAUCGAGUGAAGCAACAUCCAUUGCAAAGCCAAUCUCGUUGUCACUCGAGACACUUGUCACUGUUGAUGCAACACAAGAACAACACACGAGCGCAUCAGAAACGACAAAUCUUCGUUGGCCAUGCCAUCAUGGACAUUAUUCCAUCUCACAAAAUCAAAUCAUUUAUCUUGAAAAUGAACAUAGCAAUCCACAAGAAAUAGAAACAACAAUUGAUGCGUCAAUUGUAGCACCGCUGGUACGAAGCAUUAUAACAGAACUUGAACAACAUCAAGAGAAGUUAAGAGAAGAGAAAUUAAAGAGUGAAAAUAAAGAGAAUAAAGAAUCGUGGGAUCCAGGUGAAGGAAAGCAAGAACAGAAGCAACAAGUUUACACAUGUUCAGCUGAAAUAAUUCGACAAGAUUCCUUUAACACUCCAAUACAGAUAACAAAGUCGCCGAGUGGAAAAAACGACACGUUUAGUAAGCAAGUUGAUCGUGUUUUUGAUCGUGAAGAGAAACACCGUUUAGAUCCACAAUUUGUGUCAAGACAAAGUUCAUGGAGCAGCGUCGAUUCAGCUUGCAUCAUUGGUGAUCUUCCUUCACGUAACUCAUCAUGGGGUUCCGGUGACAAUAAUCGCACACUGCCAUCACGUAAUUCAUCAUGGGGAUCAUACGAUACAAAGAUGCAACAAACUGUUCUCGCUGAAGAUGUUGUGAUGGGACAAAGUGGAAUCUUUCCUUAUGAGAAAGACGAAAUUCCUUGGCAUCCUGGCACAGUGAAGCGUACAAAACAGAAGAUUGAAGAGAAGCAAGUACCCAUCAUGCGAUCUGCAUCGGGUCCAUCUUAUCAAGCAACAUCAACAACAUCAUUAUCAACAAUCGAUGCCAAAAACAAUAAUAACAAUAAUAAAAUUUUAUGUGAUAUUAAGAAAUCAUUACUAAUAGACAACUUAACAAAUCGCACUGGAAAAGGAUCAUCAUCACCAAAGCAACCACAAAAGUUUGCUAAACUUCAGCAAUCAUCAUCGGUGUCAUCAGCUGCUAUAAAAGGCAACAAUAAAAGUGGAAAUAUGAGAUGUCGAAGUGAAGAAUAUUUAUCGGCACAGCGUGCAAUUCGAAUGGCUUCAUCAGUUGGUGGUAAUGAUAACAAUAAUAACAAUGCUCAACAAUUAUCAGCAUCAGCGCCGGAAACAUUUUGUUUAAGCUUUAUGAGUGAUCACGAUGAUGUUCCCACGACAAAAACAUCAACGUUAAAGCUUCAACAACGACGACAGCAAUUUAAAAAGCCGGGAACAUAUACGACGGAUGAUUCAUGUGACAAGAAAUUAAAACGUGGUGACAAUCAGCAGGGAAUUGGAAAAGUUAAAAAUUUGAAGAUGAAUUUUGAGGCCAAAGCGAACAAUACAAAAUUAAUUGCAGCUACGACUGGUGCUGCCACUAGUGGUGGGAAUAAAAAGAAUUGCCAUUCAUUGCCAUCAUCACCAAUCGCCAUUCAUAUUGACGUGUCUUCUGCCAGCAGUGAUGGCUUUCCCAGUGCAAAUACCGAAGAUAUUAAAACACUUAUCGAUCGCUACGAUGGUGUCGCAAAAAUGCGAAAUAUUUUAUCACCAAAUAUUCGUCAGCGUCCCAAAUCACUCUUCGAAACAAAGUUUAAUGUGAAGAGUUAUCAAUCAAAGCCAUCACUUAUAACACAUCAGACGAUUUUACAGAAAAGCGAUGAUUAUAAGCGACUCCCGCCGAUUCCAUCACAACAACAGCCGACUGUGAAGAAUGCAUUAAUGACGAGUAAUCAGAAUAUGAAGAAUGUUGGAAAUUGCCGAAAAAAUAUUCAACAACAUGGAAAAACUCAUCCGUUGACAAAGUUGAUUAUAAUGAAUGAAAAUAAGAUCGAAGAUAUAAAUGAAGUAAUGAAAAUAUCUGAAGUGAAAAUUUCAGAGGAAAAUCCUGAAAAAUGUAGUGGAAAACGAGAAGAUUAUUUAGAUUGGGAAGAGUAUUUUAUGGGAAUAGCUUUUCUUGCUGCACAAAGAAGUAAAGAUCCGGUAACUCAAGUUGGAGCCUGCAUUGUCAACGAGGAAAAGAAAAUUGUUGCAAUUGGUUACAACGGGUUUCCUAUGAAUUGUGCUGAUGAUAUUUUUCCCUGGACAAAACAUUCAUCUGAUCCACUUGAAAAUAAAUACAUGUACGUGUGCCAUGCUGAGUCUACAAUGGAUUUAAAGCUGUUUGCUUUUAUUUUUCUGGUCGUAUCAGGAGUGAAAAGUGAUGAAGAUGCACAGAACGAAGUAGACACGACAAUAGUGCUUACCGACAGUAAUUUCGAAGAUGUUCUUAAGACAAAUAACUUUUUUGUGAUGUUCUUCGCUCCAUGGUGUGGACACUGCACGCGACUUAAGCCAACAUGGAGCCAAUUAGCUGAGAUGUUAAACACCCAAGAAGAAAGUCGCGUACGAAUUGCUAGAGUUGAUUGUACAGAGCACCAAAAGACUUGUUCAGACAACGAUGUUACCUCAUAUCCAACAUUGAAAUUCUUUAAAACUGGUGAAGAGCCUGUAAAGUAUCGUUCAACCAGAGAUUUGCCAUCACUCACUGAAUUUAUUAAUCAACAAUUGGACACCUUGUCAUCAGAUGAGGAAGAUGAUUCCGAAGAAGCAAUUGAAGUUCCUGGACCAUUGAAGGGUCUUGUCGUACUCACUGAUAAGAAUUUCGCUGCUCAGACUGCAAAUGGAAACUGGUUCAUUAAAUUUUAUGCUCCGUGGUGUGGUCAUUGCCAGAAAUUAGCUCCAACAUUUGAAGAACUUGCUCGUUCAGUUGAACAUGACACGACUGUGACAAUUGCGAAGAUCGAUUGUACUGAAUAUCGACCAAUUUGUAAGGAUUACGAUGUUAAAGGCUACCCAACACUUCUCUGGUUUGAGAAUGGAAAGAAAGUUGACAAGUACACUGGUCCACGAUCUCUUCAAGAUUUGAAAGCUUAUGUCGAACAGCGUUCAUCAGGAGAAGGUGGUGAGAAGGAAGCAGAAAAGGUUGAAGUGAAAGAAGAUGGUGAAGGUGCUGCAGUUCUUCAAUUAACUCUUGACAGUUUCAAACAAAGUAUUGAAAGUGGCGUAACAUUUGUUAAGUUCUUUGCACCUUGGUGCGGUCAUUGCAAACGUUUAGCGCCAACGUGGCAACAACUGGCUGAGAAAUUUGUUGGAGAUGCUGACGUAAAGAUUGCCAAAGUCGAUUGUACAUUACAAGAUAAUCGUGAAUUAUGUAGUGAGCAAGAUGUCAAUGGUUUUCCAACACUUUACAUCUACAAGAAUGGCGAUAAAGUCACUGAAUAUAAUGGAAGUCGAUCAUUAGACGAUCUUCAUAACUUCGUCAAAUCUCACAUUAGUGAAAAGGCUCGCGAUGAAUUAGCCUUUGCAGCUUUAAAUGAAUUUAAAUCAGAUCGUGGGGAUGUACUUCCUGAAGGACAAAUCAUUAUUUUAUAUCUGGGAUCGUCAGAUUGUACGGCAAGCGAUAAAUAUAUUUCGGAGUUUAAAAUAGCAGCAUACCGAUGCAAGAAGCUUGGUGCUUCUUUUUAUAAAGUUGAUUGCGAUCAUCAUGGUAAUAAAAAGUUCUGUCAUAAAUGGAUCCAACCACCACGAAGUUAUCCAAGAACUGUUGCUGUGAGAGAUAAUGCAAUUUUAGAGUUGCUUCCUGGUCGUCGUGAAAGGGUUGCCAAAUUGAUUAAAUGGGUUAAAGAAGUUACCGAUAAAUACAGUUCUAACGGAGUCAAGAAAAUGUUUUCAUCUUCAAAAAGAAAAAGCUCAAGACGACCUACUUUCUUACCACAGAGGGGUUCAAAAUCGAAAUCAAAUGACGAUAGAGGACGUGUCAGUGUUAAUGCAACGUUCAUAAUGAUUAUGAAAGUUUUAUUUGUUUUCGCCGCACUAAUUUUGACAGUGUCUGAAGUUUUACAGGAAAUCAGAACGGUUCGUGGAGAUACGAUUCCUGAUGACGAACUCGCCAUUGUAUAUCUGGGAUUGGAUGCUUGUACAACUAGCGUGAAAUAUCUGUCAGAAUUCACAGCAGCGGAUUAUAAUUGCAGAAAAUACGAUGCACGUUUUUAUUUUGUCAUUUGCGACAAAUUUGAAAAUAGAGCUUUCUGCCAUCGUUGGAUAAAAAAACCAAGAAGUUAUCCAAGAACUAUUGCCAUUAAAGGUGCUGCUUUGUUAAGUGAGCUUCCUGGACGUGUCAGUGUUAAUACAACGUUCAUAAUGGUUAUGAAAGUUUUAUUUGUUUUCGCCGCACUAAUUUUGACAGUGUCUGCAAUUUUACAGGAAAUCAGAACGAAUCGUGGAGAUUCGAUUCCUGAAGACGAACUCGCCAUUGUAUAUUUUGGAUUGAAAGAAUGUACAAUGAGCAAGAAAUACCUGGCAGAACUCUCAACUGGGGAGUAUCAAUGCAGAUCAUUCCCUGCAACUUUUUAUUUUGUUAUUUGUGAUGAAUUUGAAAAUAAAGAUUUCUGCCAUCGUUGGAUGCCACAACCAAGAAAAUAUCCAAGAACUAUAGCUAUUAGAGGUGCUGCUUUGUUAAGUGAGCUUGGUGGUAAACGUGCACGCGCUGCUGCACUAAAAACAUGGGUUAAAAAGGUUGUUGAUGAAUUCGGUCCUUCUACACCUGUUGCUCAACCUCAACCUGAGCCUGAACCUGUCGCUCCAAUGUUUUUGAAAACUUUGUUACUGUUGGCAUUUUUAAUAACUCUCGUCAAAUCAGUAAACGGACGUCCUAAUUCAGCAGAUGAUGGAAGCGAUUACGUGUCACAACCUUUAACCAAAUCUAACUAUGAAAAAGUGUUACAGGAAAAUGAAAAUGUUUUCGUUAAGUUUUUCACUUAUUGGUGCUACUACAGUAAGCAGGUUUUCGAUACAUGGGAGGAUCUUGGUGAACAUUACACAAACAGCAAAGAUGUUAAAAUAGCAGAGAUCGAUUGUGAAAACCAGAAACCACUCUGCAAAUUAUACAAAGUCCGAAAUUAUCCCUCAUUUUUAAUGUUCAAGAAUGGAGUGAAAAAGAGAAAAAUUAAAAUAUAUUUAGUUGUCAUGAGAAACACAAAUGUUUUAGCUGCUUUCGUCUUGUUUGUGUCGUGUCAGGCACAAAAAUCAGUUGUAGAAUUAAAUUCAGAAAACUAUCUGAAUUAUGUUUCUGAUGAAUCGGGAUGUUUAUUUGUAAGAUUUUAUGCGACUUGGUGCCGUGACUGUAGUUCGUUUACACACAAAUGGGAGGAAGUUGGUUCUGCCCUUUAUGACUAUAAUUGUGUGAUAGCAGAUUUUGAUUGCGCUCUAUAUAGUGAUAUUUGUGAUUUGUUUGAAAUCAAAAACUAUCCGACAUACAUGUACAUGGAAUCUGGAGUUGAAAUGCUUCGCUUCAAGAAGGCAAAGCCAGACCGAAUGAUUGCAUUUGGAAAAAGAAUGUUUUCGAAUCGAAAAAAGCGGGAAGUUGUUGAGGAGGCUGUUAAAGAGAUAUUUACUGACAAUAUUAUCGAAAUCUUUGGCAGUAACUUCAAGACAAUAAUUUCCAAAAAUUUAACUCUGGUAAUCUUUUGUGUUCCUUGGUGUCAACAUUGCAAAAAAGAACUCGAAGCGAUAGAGGAAGUUAGCAAAAUAUUUGCUAAAGAUAAGAAGGUCAAAAUUCGUAAAUUGGAUUGUCACAAGGAAGAAAACUUAGACACGUGCUAUGCAGAACUUGACAAUGGUGUUCCGACUAUUGCCGUCUUUAAAAAUGGAAAGAGAAUUUUAAAAGAUUUUAGUGGGUCCACUGUUAAAGAUUGUGAAUUAUGUUUAGUAUCUGUGACGACAUUGUCAUGUGCCAUUUAUUGUUUCUUAAUAAUUUUCUACCGAACUGAAGUGUUUGGAAAAACAUUCAAACAAUUCUGUUAUUGCCAUGCUCGUUACUCUCACGUAGAUGAAGCUUCAUUUCAAUACGAUCAUUCGUCAUUAUCUCAUCAAAUAUUCAACAAGUGUUUUGUUUUCAGUAAAAAGAGUAAAAUGUCAUCAAGACUAGUUUAUCAGCUAAUAAUUUUUCUUAUUCUGCUGCACAAAUCGAAUGCAACUUCCGAUCACUCAAUUCAAUUAAACGAUGAUAAUUUCGAAAAGGAAUUGAAAGAUUUUAAUUACUACGUGAUAUUUGUUAAAGAAAAUGGAAAAUCUUUGCAUUAUUUUCUAUCAUUCUGGAGUAAGAUUGCAAAUCUUUACAACUCGGACAACAACAGCACCUUAAGAAUUGGAAAGGUUGACUGUGAAACCAGCAGAAAACUUUGCGAGGAUCAGAAUAUUGAUGACAUUUUAAUAUUGAAGUUCUUUGGUAAGGAAGGCGAUGACUUUGAGUGGAAGCCUAUCUACGAUUUCCUGGUUGAAAGAGUAGAUAAAAACGUCUUGAAUGCAAGAAAACAGAAAGAAAUUCUUACAAAAUUAGACAAAGGAACGAUGCUUGUGAAUUUCUUUGUUCCAACUUGCAAACAUUCUAAAGCUAUGGCUGAAGAUUGGAAACGUCUGGAAAAUGCAUAUAAAGACGAUAAAUUCAUUUCCGUCAUGAGUAUUGAUUGCAACAAAAAUUCUUGGGUUUGCGACAAUUAUGACAUCACAAGAUAUCCAACAAUACUCUCGUUGAUGGAUGGCAACAAACUUAACAAGUACGCAGGUUCUCGAUCCUUUGAAGAUUUUAGUAAUUAUAUUGAAAAUGUCUUAAAGAAAGUUUUAGAAUUGGAAGACUUUUUAUCAUUUUGGAACAAGAUAUCAAAUCUUUAUACAAAUCCCGAUGAGACGAUCCGAUUAGGGAAAGUUCUUUGCAGUGAAAAUGAAAAGCUUUGUCAAGACAAUAACGUAAAAAAUAUUCUUGAAUUGAGAUAUUUCCCUCGUCCCAAUGAUAAUUUUGACUCGAAGCCAAUCUUUGAUUUCCUUACUGAAACUAUUGAUAAAACUUUAAAGAAAAUUCAAGAAAGGAAAGCUUUGGAUGAAAAAAUAAAUAAAGGAAAUGCUUUUGUUAAAUUUACCUUCCCUAAUUGCCCAUACUGCAAAGACGCUACGAUUGUCUGGGGUGAACUAGAGAAAGCACAUAAGAAUGAUGAUCGAUUCUCACUUCUCAGUGUGUGUUGCAAAACGUACCCAGCAAUUUGUGAUCGCUUUGGUGUGAAAAAAUAUCCGAUCGUUCAAUACAUAAAAGAUGGAAACAAAAUGCAACAAUUUAAGGGAUCGAAAACUUUAGAAAAUUUAGAAAAGUUCUUCUCAGAUAAUCUUCCAAAACCAGAAACGACAACUACAAAAGCUCCAACAACUACAGCUAAACCAGCAGAUAAAGUUAAGCCAAUUGAACUUACAGCUGAAACCUUUCACGAUGUUUUAAGCACAGACUACACUUAUGUGCUUUACUUUUUGAGGAAAUGCAAGUAUUGUAAAGGAUAUCCCGAACUUUGGCAAAGCCUUGCUGAACAUUAUGCUGGAAACGAUAAGAUUAAGAUUGCCACUGUUAAUUGCGAUCGACAGACAAGAACAUGCAUCGAAAAUUCAAAAGGAUGUCCAACACUCAGCUUAUAUCACAAUGGAGAAAGAAUAAUGAAAGAUUAUUAUCGAGAUAAUUCUUUGAAAGGUUUGAUUGAUCUUCUUGAUGCUCACACAACGGGUGGUGAACAUAUUAAAGUUUUUUUUCUUAGUUUAAUAAUGCUGAUCGAUUACGUUGCAAGAAAUAUGAGAACGAAGAAAUUGGCCAGUUUAUGUUUAAUUGUUGUGACAUGUUUGUCGAUAUUUCUUCUGAUUUAUUCUCUUACUUCCGAUAUGGAUGCAAGAGAUCAUCAAAUCAUAUCAAGUGAAGACAACUUUCGUGAACUAAUCAACACUGACAACUCAUUUUUGUUGUUUUAUCUUCGAAGUGAUGGUGAUCAGCCCGAUCUUCUCAACACAUGGAAAAAGCUCGCCAAUACAGUUAAGGUCGAUUACAAAGGCAUUCACGUGGCAAAAUUUGAUUGUUCAGUUUAUCGUCCCAUAUGUGAAGGCAUUGGCGCUGGGCCUAAUUUUCCAUCAAUUGUAUGGAUGCAACAUGGAAAGAUUGUCAGCCGUUACGAAGGCUACCUUGAACUUGAAAGCUUGAAAACAUUCGUCUUUGACAUGUCACGAUCACUUGACGCGGAUGCGAAGAAUUCCAAUGAAAGUGAUGGCAAGAAUUAUGAAGGUGAUGUCAAAAUUAGUGAUGAAAUAGAUGACGAGGGAGGUGCAAUAGAAGAACCAGUUGAAAAGAAAGAUGAAAUGGAUGUCGAUUUGAAUCCACCUGGCUUUGCUGUUCCAAUUGAUCAGCCAGUUAUCAUUGACGAAGGAAAGAACGAUUCAAGCAAAUCAUCUGGUGAAAGUGAAAAUGAAUCAAAAGAAAAUAAUCAACAAGUUGUGAUUGAUAAAGCCAGCAGUAAAGACAAAUCAACUAAGACAUCAUCAAGUCAAACUGGAGAAAAGAAAUCAGAUAAUAACGCUAAAGAAGAAAUUGAUAACAAAACAACAAAGUCAAGUUCAGAAGAAGACCAACAAAACCCCAAAGAGGCAGAUGAUGAAGAAGAAAAGCCACAAUUAGUAAAAGAAGAAGAAAAAGUUGAAGUGGAAAAGGAAAAAGUCGAAGAAGAAAAAGUUGAAGUGGAAAAGGUAAAAGUAGAAGAAGAAAAAGUGGAAGAGGAAAAGGAAAAAGUAGACGAAGCAAAACCAAGAAGAACUUACCAAAGGAGGCAACCAAAUCGAGUGCCUUUACCAGACGAAAUGUUUAAGACAAGGGACGGAAGAGUUAUGAAAGUUGUUAAAGGAAGUCGAACGACAUUCUUCAAGGAAAAAAAUAAAGACAAUUUCAUAUUGCCACACGUGGAUGAAGAUCAAGAUGUGAAAGUUGCUGAUGAAGAUGAUGCAAGCACAGAAUUCAAUCCACCAAGAAGAGAGAAAACCGAAAAAACUAUCGUCAUUGGUGGUGAUGAUCAAGUUGAAGAAGAUUUUGAUUCUUCAGAACUUUUGAAGCCUAGAGAACCUAACAUUGUCGACAUUGGAGCAAUGAUGGCUGAAAAGCCAAAGAAAACUAAGCAUUCAGAGGAACUUGAAGAAAAACUUAAUUUAAAAGUUAAACUUUCAGAAAAGAAAAAAAUCAAUCAAUUCGGUUUCAUGGAAUUGUCAUCAGAAAAUUUCACAACAUCUUUGAAUCCAUUUGGUCUGACACUUGUCAUGAUGUACAAACCAAAUUCGGAAAAAUCUGAUACGUUGCGUGAGGUUCUGAAAGAUCUGGCGACUAAGAAUAAAGACAUGCAUAUAAGAGUAGCAGAAAUUGACUGCGAAAGUAAUGAAGAUUUCUGUACCGAACACGCCAUCACUGUAUUCCCGACAUUGAAUUUGUACAGAAGAAAAGGUGUCAUCGUUCAUGAUUUUCCCGGAAGAACUUAUAAAGAAAUUGAAGAUUUAAUGCUAAAUAAUAUGAAACCUGGUGGUAUUAGAAGUUUUAAGACACCUCAAAACAUCCAAGGUAAAUUUCCAGUGCAAGAAAAUGACAGCGACGAAAAGGAAAAUCUUCCUAAUCCAAAUGCUAAUGAAAAGAUUGCUCAAGUUAUUGAUGCCGGCGAUGAUAAUUUAGAUGAAGGUGGAAAACUAAAGGAAAUUCUCCCUUCUGAUGACAAGGAAAUUGUCCAAGUUGAUGACGAAGUUGAUUUGGAUAAGAAGGAAGAAUUAAAGGAAGGUAAUGCUGACGAUGAUGACGAUUUAGAUAAGAAUGGAAAGCCAAAGGAAAUUCUUCCUUCUGAUGACAAGGAAAUUGUCCAAGUUGAUGAAGAAGAUGAUUUGGAUAAGAAGGAAGAAUUAAAGGAAGGUAAUGCUGAUGAUGAUGACGAUUUAGAUGAGAAUGGAAUGCCAAAGGAAAAUCUCGUUGAGGAAAACAUUGAUUUGGAAGAAAACGCAGAUCCAAAGUUGAAAGAUGUUCAACUCGAUGAUCUGGCUUUAUAA